AUGCUAAUUAUUGAAUUGAAAUUUGUUCGUAGCUAUGAUGACCUAUUAGAGAUUCCAUUGCAACCAUUAUACGAUAAUUUGAGAGAACAAAGAGCUAUCGAACUGGCAUUCAUGGAUAAAAUCUCGGACGAAGAAGCAGACAUAAAAACGGCAAUUGUGAUGGUGGUUGGUGCUGGUCGUGGACCACUGGUUCGUUCUGCAUUCAAUGCAUCAGCCAAUGUGAAUCGAAAGAUCAAAAUGUAUGUCAUUGAAAAGAAUCCAAAUGCAAUUGUUACACUGACCGCGCUACAAGAGGAAUUAUGGAAAAACAAAGACAUGACCAUCAUUUCGACUGAUAUGAGAUAUUUUGAGCCAUCAGAGAAGGUUGAUAUUCUGGUAUCGGAAUUGCUCGGAUCGUUCGGUGAUAAUGAACUGUCGCCAGAAUGUUUGGAUGGAGCUCAGAAGCAUUUAAAAGAAGAUGGCAUAAGCAUUCCAUGUCAAUCAACUUCAUACAUAAAUCCAGUGAUGGCACCGAAAUUGUGUAGCAUAAUACGCGAAGUUCGUGGUCAUAUGCGUCGCGGCAAACCGAAUACAUAUGAAAAACAAGCAGAAAGUCCGUACGUUGUAUAUUUGAAAAAUGUGUAUCACAUCACCAAACCGCAGCCAGUGUUUACAUUUGUUCAUCCGAACAACGAUGAGGUGAUUGAUAAUUCACGUUUCAUUAAAAUGGAAUUUGAUGUUGCACACGAUUGUGUGUUGACCGGUUUUGCUGGAUACUUUGAAACCAUUUUAUACAAAGACAUCAAAUUGAGUAUUCACCCUGAAGAGCAUACACGAGGGCUCAUAUCAUGGUUUUCAUUGUACUUCCCGUUGACCGAACCACAACAAUUGCGUGCCGGCGAUAGGAUCAAACUUAACUUCUGGCGAUGCAUAUCAAAUCGCAAAGUAUGGUAUGAAUGGAGCACAACCUCGCCCACAGUCACUCACGUGCACAAUCUGAAAGGUUGGGCCUUUCCCAUAUAUAAAUGAUGAUGAUAAUGUUAACUAUUUACUGUUACCUCUUGUCAUAAAAAUUAUUAUCGAUUUAUUGAUAAUAAUCAUCGUUCAUCUUGUCAAUGUUUAAAAAGAAAAAAAAAAGAAGCGAAUGUUAUGAAACUAAAAUAAAC